CUUCAAAGCCUGAGAUUAACUGCCUCUUUUCAUCAGCAUCAUACAUACCACUAGCGCUAUAACAUUGUCACCAAUGCCUUAUUUAUAUCUUUACAGUGCACUCACUGAGCUGGCCGGGGGCAUGUCAUGUGAAUACGUACUACUUAUCAUAGUUCGUACUACGCACUAGGCUAGGCCGGGUAAGACCUCAAAUUGGUUUUCCAAGUUCCAACUAUCUUGCAACGGGAGGCUCUCCCUUGACCCGUGUUCAUAUAUUCAAGCUACCAGCUCACCUAAUGGACGGCCCUUCAGAAACAGAGCCUCUGCUGCGACCGGCUCACGUCCAGCGGAAGGUGACCAGCGACCUUCCGGAGGAAGGGUAUUCAUCUGUGCAAGACGAGUCCAACCGUAACGUGUUUGACAAUGUGCCUGAUGCAAAGAAGCAAAUCGGACUCGCUAGCGCAGUGAUGCUCAUAUUCAACAGGGUGAUUGGAACUGGCGUUUUUGCAGCGCCUAGCAUUAUCUUGCGGUCAUCGGGGAGUGUAGGAAUGACUUUUGUUAUGUGGAUACUCGGUGCGCUUGUCGCAUCCGCAGGUACUGCUGUUUAUGUGGAAUUUGGAACGGGACUGCCGAGAAGUGGUGGGGAGAAGACCUACAUGGAAUACAUCUAUCGCCGACCGAGGUUCAUGGUCACUUGCUUCUACGCGAUAUACGGAUUGCUCAUAGGUUGGUUAUCAGCAAGUAGCGUUGUUUUCGGAGAAUACACCUUGAACGCCCUCGCAAUCCAACCUACCACCGUUAACUCUCGAGUAGUCGCCUUCCUGUGCUCGACAUUCUGUCUCAUUGCCCACGGUGCAUUCUUGGACUCCGGGCUGAAACUACAAAAUGCACUGGGUUUUUUCAAGUUAUUCGUGUUGCUCAUCAUCACUGUUUCUGGGCUCUUCAGCCUUACCGGAGUCCCUGGAUUUGCCGUACGUGCUGGAUACGAUGUUCCACACAAUUUCACGUGGUCGUCUUUUUGGGAGGGAAGUGACAUAGGCCUGAAUGCGUUCGUCACUGGAAUGUAUAAUGUCAUCUGGGCUUACAUCGGAUACUCUAAUGCCAAUUAUGCUUUAUCUGAAGUGCGAGAUCCCAUCCGCACCAUCAAGCGCGCCGCACCCCUUGCCAUGGCCCUUGUCGCGGUCGCAUACUUAUCCGUGAACGUUGCAUACUUUGCUGUUGUAUCCAAGCAAGACAUGUUAGGAGGUGGCACCAUGGCGGCAGCCCUAUUUUUCAGGAACAUCUUCGGCCCUGCUACAGAACGGAUCCUGAGUGCUGUUAUUGCACUAUCGGUAUUAGGAAACCUUAUGAGUAUCCUGUUCACGCAAGGCAGAGUCGUCCAAGAGUUAGGUAGAGAGGGUGUUCUACCCCUUUCAUCUUUCUUCGCCAGCAACAAGCCUUUCAAUGCACCCCUUGCUGGGCUCUUUGCCCAAUGGCUUGUUUCUAUGAUCGUCAUGGUUGCCGCCCCUCCGGGAGAUGCCUAUCUCUUUAUCGUAAACUACUCAUCAUACCCCUUGACGAUGUUCAAUAUGCUGAUAUCGGGUGGCCUCCUCCUUUUGUACACUCCCGCAUUCAAAUCCUACCAUUGGAACCCUCCAUUUCGGGCGUGGAAGUCCAUCGUCGUAUUCUUUUUUCUAUCCAAUGUCUUUCUUGCUAUUGUGCCUAUGAUCCCACCGUCUCCGGGAUCCGACGUCUAUGAACAUCUCCCAUAUUGGUCACACGUCGUUAUAGCAUUGUCAAUCGGGUUACUUGGCAUUGUAUAUUGGUUUGUUUUCUUCGACUGGAUACCCAGGAAGCGUGGAUAUCAUAUCGUACAGGAGACUAUCUUACAGGAUGAUGGGGUCCCGCGGAGCGUCCUUCGGCGAAUACCCAAGGAAUCGGGUGAUGAAUGAUCCAUGUAAAUGUAGAUGAUGCACUGCAAGUGCAUCAGCUUCUAAACG